AUGACCCGGAUAUUAACGUAUGAGGUCACUCUGUAUCCCGAUGGGGUAACCGUCCACAGUGAUGAAAUUCUUGCCCCUAGUGACAUCAUGAAGCGGAACAAGAAGCAUUUGAUGGCCCACUUUGAAAAACUAUCCAUGCAUUAUCUGGCUAUCUCUCCUGAAAAAGGUGCUUUUGGCGUUGCCUUAAUGACUUCCCUCGGACAUUACAAUGAUAUUUACGGCAUGCUGAAAAGCCAAUUGGGGAUCCUGAGCAUCAAAGUCUUCCCUAUUCCACGAACCAUCAAGGCUUAG